CAAGUAGUAAUAAUAAUGAGUUAUUCGACAGACUUGUUGGAUGGCUUUGACAACCUUUACAAGAGGACUGAGGGUGUCCUCAAGUGUAACUUGGAAAUGUCCAACUUUUUCAAGAAGUUAUCCGCUCUCGAAGCAGAGUACUCAAAGGCCAUGCUCAAACUGGUCAAGUCAACUGGUCAGAAGAAGCUAAUGUCUAAUCCAUUCUUGGAUGGAUCACUCAAAGAGGCAUGGAGAAUAUCAUUGAAUGAGAUGGAAGUUGUUGGAAAUCAGCAUGCUACGUUCUCCAAUGCGAGCAAUGAGUUGUCCAACUCAAUCGAAAAGAUGGUCAAGGACAAGGAGAAUCAUAGGAAGAAGCUGACAGCGGAUGGCCAGAAGUUGACCAAGGAUAUGAAGACACAAUUGGAUUUGUUGACAAAGGCAAAGAUGAACUAUCAUAAGUUGUCAAAGGAGGCAGAGUUGGCACAGACUACAUUGACAAAGGGUCAGGCCGAUCCAAAGAUGAAGCAGGACAAGGUCAGUCAGCUGAGUGUCAAGGCCACACAGGCAUCGGAGAAGGCCAAUCAGGCCGACCAGGAGUACAGAGAGUGUCUGUCCGUCACAAACAGCAAGCAGAACGAUUACUACGCCAAUGAAAUGCCGUUGCUGCUCAAGGAAUUCCAGACAUUCGAGGAGGAUCGCAUCAUGAACACAAAGGAGACAAUGACCAGGCUGGCCAUGUCCGUCAAGGAGAUUCCACCCAUCGUGUCACACGCCGCUGACGGUGUGCAGCAGGCUGCCGAACAGAUAGACAAGGAUCAGGACAUCAGACAAUGGGUCGCAGAGAACAAGACCAACAUCACUCCUCCAGGUCCCAUCGACUAUCAUCCAUUCGAGGGUGAGCCUCAGUCCUCUGCCUCACCAUCCAACCUCAGAGUUGGAACAUAUAAAGCACCUGUAACACAAUCAAAGGAAUGGGGACUGACUCCAAGAGACUCAUCAUUGUCUCAGGAGCAGAAGAUCCAGAAGUUGGAGUCACAGAUGACAGAGAUAUCAAACACGAUCAAACUGGAGAUUCAGGCGAGAGCUGGAAUUGAGAAGUUGAUCCAGUUCUAUCAUAAUGAUCCAAAGGAGCAGAAGAAGGCAGAGAACGAGCUGGGAGAGGCAGACAAGAAGAUCAAUAUGCUGAAGGACAAUCAGAGAAUGAUCUCUGGACAACUGGAGGAGUUUGGCCGCGCGUCGUCUGGCGGCGGCGAAUGGAACGGCUCGGGCGGCGCCACCGGCAGUGUAAAGGUGGUGCGUGUCCGCGGCAUGUACGACUACGAGGCAUCGUGUGACACCGAACUCAGCUUCAAGGAGGGCGACAUCCUGACGGUGUCCGAGCAGGACUCGAGUGGAUGGUGGUUCGCCGAGUUGAACGGUGCCACUGGCUUUGUCCCUCAGAACUAUGUCGAGGAGAUAAGG